GUGUUCACUUUUUUUCUAUUUUAUUAUAGUCCUACCGUAAACAAUUUAUUGAAUCAGGAUGUCUCGGGAAACCGUUCAGAUUCUCAUUGACAUGGGUUUCCAGAAAGAAAAAGCCGAAAAUAGUGUUUCAAUGACAGGAAACCAAGGUGCCAAACCUGCAAUUGAGUGGUUAUUGGCACACAAUGAUGAUGAAAUGGGACCAUCAACUUCUCAAGACGGUUCUACUUCAAACACUAAUUCAGAAACUAAUACCUCACCUGCAACAGUAACUAAAUCAUACAAAUGUGAAGAGUGUAACAAAUUAUUUGCUGAUACUACUGCACUAGAAUAUCAUGCCAUAAAAUCAGGUCACAGCUCCAAUUUCGCAGGAUCAACAGAAGAAAUAAAACCGUUAACUGACGAUGAAAAAAAAGAACAAAUGAAAAAAUUGGAAGAACGUUUAAAGAAAAACCGUGAGGAACGCAAUGCUAAAGAAAAAAAAGAAGAACUAGAAAGAAAAAAAAUUAGAAUUCACUCUGGAAAAGAGAAGGCUACUGCUAAAAAAAAACUUGAUGAUGAAGACAUAAAAAAAAUUAUGGAUGAAAGAAAACGUGGAAAGAAAAAAGAUUAUACACAAACAAAAUUAAAGAUUUGUCUUACAAAUGGCCAAACAAUUGUUCAAACAUUUAAUAUUAAAGAAAUUAUGGCUGCUGUAAGAGUUUAUAUUGAACUAAACCGUUCUGAUGGUGAUGCUCCCUUCGGUCUCAUGACAAGAUUUCCAAGAAAAGUUUUUACUUGUGAUGAUUAUGAAAAAUCACUGGAUCAAUUAGGUUUGGUACCAAGUGCUGUUUUAACAUUGACUAAGCCACAACAAUAAAAUGAAAAUUGAUAAAAUUGAUGAAAAAUUAAAUUGAUUGUUU